CGGGUUUCGGACGCAAAAAGUGAGAAGAAGCAGGAAAUCAGACGACGAAGUAAAUCGGCGGCGGCGGCUACAGACUGCAAAACGUUUUUUUUUAAAAGAAAAGGACUUGGAUCAAAAAGUCCGUUGGGGUGUCGGACGCCUCAACGAAUCGGAAGCGGCCUUUGAAGUCACGUGGUUCAGGUUUGAAUGUAGCCCCGCCCCCUGUUUCCGCAAGCGGUAGAAAACAAACAACCGACUGUGAGAUCCCGGAGCGGUGCCCGGUGCCCGGUGAUUGAUACCAGAGCGGUGCCCGGUGAUUGAUACCAGAGCGGUGCCCGUUCACCGAUUUGGUUAACUCUGCGGGACUGUGAUACCAAACUGCUGCCGGGAUCACUUCAUAUCCUGGUGAAUGUGGGGAGAGUAACAUCCAUAUUGUAGGUUUGAAAUAGAGGCGUCCUUCUCCCCAUCAUCCUGAAAAAGGAACAAAAUCUGUAAGAUGCUGCACAUCAGAAAUACAGCUGCACGUGCUCAAAUCAGAACCUGUGGAUGUGGAGAGGGGAAAGAAAAACAUUGAAUUAACUGGAAACAUACAAUUUGAUGACAAUGAAUUUGGCAGCUGAUGAUGAUUCUAACUUCAUAACUGAAGAAACAUUUGAUUUUGGAAUUGGUUUCCCAUCUGAAAGCCAAGAAUCUUUGCUUGAAAAUGACCCUGAAGAAGUUUUAAUUGCUCCAGUCAAGCACUCCGAGAGGUGUGUUGCUAUGGGAAUUGAUGUGAACUAUAAUAAUGGAAAUCAGCAGAAAACAAAUGAAGCUGUGCUGAAGUGGAGUCCGCUAAGUGCAGAAAAACUGGUAGAAAUAGUAAAGGAAGCAAAUCGUCUGGCAAAUCAAUUUGAAAAAUGUGCUUUGAAGGAAAAGGAAAAUGCAAAAAUUCAAGGAAGAGAGGACAGAAGUUGCAAUGAUCGAUCAAAAUUGGAAAAAGAAUCCAAAGCCAAAAUCAAACUUUUGCAAGAUGACAGAACAUGUAAAAAAAGUCCUCGAAGUCCAAGGAGAGAUACAUUUUUUGUGUUGGAUAGCCCAAAUAAAGCUCUUCUUCCUUCUGUGAAUCUUCAGGUUAUAAAUGAAAACAGCCCAAUCACUAACACCAGACAUGCACAUUCCAUUGAACAUGAAAUCAGCAACAGCAGAAUAGGUUUGACCAGUGAGUCUGAACGAAUAACCACCGCCAAACCAAUGCAAACAAAGGAAGGUAACCUAUCUACAGAAAUCAAGCAAGCUGCUGUUAAGAAGCAGUCAAUGCUUUCCAAACCAUCUGGUUUGAAACUUCCAUCUGGUUUUAACAGGAAAGGAAAUAUGCAUUCACUAUCUCCGUCUAAACCCUAUCAAUAUCCAAAGAAGGAUUCAUUGCACGCACCCAUGUCUUCUACAGGUGGUCUAAAGCAAACCAAAGGUGCUUCAUUAAACAAUCCAGAGAAUCGUUCUGGAAAGAGUACUGUCUUGCAUAACAAACAAAGUAGAGAGAAAGCCUCAAUGAUAUCAGAAGCCAAUAUGCAUUGUUCAUCAAUCUCUUUUAAACUCUCUACUGACACCAACAUGAAGCUACUCCCAAGUGCUAACAAAGCUUCGAGCAAGGAGAUCAAUGAAGUACAGCCACCAAGCAAAAUCCCUCCCGUAAACCGAUUGAGACCCGGAUCUGUCCCAUCUAUUCGCACUGGUAAUAAAAAUGAAAGAGCCAGUUCAGCUGUACUUAAAGGGAAAGUAUCAGAAAGACAGUACAAAACCACAGUUAGUUCAACUAAGCAUGUGAAUUCCACUACAUAUACUUCAGCAAGCCAAAUUAGGUCUCAGCCGAAGAAAACAACUUCAAGUAAUGUUGUAAAAAGAUGAUUUCUUUAUGGCACUCAAUGAAUACAAUGUGAAGAUGAGUUUUUGCAUUUUUAACAAACCUGUGUACUGAGAAUUUGUUAAA